AUGCUUCUCCGUUGGAGGACCACCUAUGAAGAUUGUCUAUCCAAUUUAUCUCGUUGCUUAGAAAGAUGUGAGAGAGCCAACCUCGUGUUGAAUUGGGAAAAGUGCCACUUCAUGGUGGAAAGUGGAAUUGUUCUUGGGCACAAAAUUUCCCAUGCCGGCAUUGAGGUAAAUAGAGCCAAGGAGGAGGUCAUUAAGAAACUUCCUCCUCCCACCAAUGUGAGGGAAGUGAGAUCUUUUCUUGGCCAUGCCGGGUUCUAUCGGCGCUUUAUAAAAGAUUUUUCAUUGAUUGCUAAGCCUCUCACAUCCCUAUUGCAACAAGAUAAAGAGUUUGUGUUAAAUGAUGCUUGUCAAGAGUCUUUUUGUAGGUUGAAAGAAGCAUUUUGCACCGCUCCUACUGUCCAAGGAAAGAAGGAAGCUAAACCGAGGUUGUUGAGAUGGGUUUUAGUUCUCCAAGACUUUGAUUAUGAGCUGAGAGACAAGAAGGGAGCCGAGAAUGUGGUGGUGGAUCACCUUUCAAGGUUGGGCAGUGCAAGGUUUCAAGAUUAUGGUUUUCCAAUAGAGGAUGCUCUACGGGAUGAUGUGCUAUAUGUCCUUGAGGUGAAGUCGGAGCCAUGGUAUGCGGAUAUUGUAAAUUAUUUGUCUUGUAGUGUCGUACCUCCGGAUUUCACUUCACAACAACGUCGAAGACUCAAGUAUGAGGCCAAGAGAUACAUUUGGGAUGAUCCUAUUUUAUUGAAGAGAGGCGUCGAUGAUGUCAACGGAUGGGAAAUAUUUCUAGGAGGGGAAAUGCCGCAAAACCCUAUCCUUGAGCUUGAAGUUUUUGAUGUGUGGGCUAUAGAUUUCAUAUGCCCUUUUAUUUCUUCACAUGGGAACAAGUAUAUUUUGGUUACCGUUGACUAUGUCUCUAAGUGGGCGGAGGCUGUGGCUUCCCCUACGAAUGAUUCUAAGGUAGUGGUUAAUCUUUUCAAAAGAUAUGGAGUGUCUCAUAAGCGGGGGCUUGCUUACCACCCUCAAACGAGUGGUCAAGCGGAGAUCACCAAUAGGGAGCUCAAGGUGAUCUUGGAUAAUAUGAUUGCUAGAACAAGAAAGGAUUGGUCUUCUAAACUCAUCGACUCUCUAUGGGCGUAUAGGACCGCCUUCAAAACUCCAAUAGGGACCACUUCCUAUAAGCUUGUUUAUGGGAAAAAUUGUCACUUGCCCAUAGAGAUGGAGCAUCAAACCCAUUGGGCGAUUAAGCAAAUCAACUUUGACCUCCAUAGUACGGGUGAACAAAGGCUUCUCGAGCUACAUGAGUUAGAGGAAUUGAGGAUGAAUGCUUACGAUAGCGCAAGCAUGUACAAGGCACGGACACAGGCUUGGCACGAUGCUUAA